UCAAACAAACAAACAAACUCUUCAACUUUAUAUAUUAGUAUAGAUUACUAUUACGAUAUAACCUUUCUGCGACUUGUGUAAUAAACUGCACAUCAAAAUACAUAUUAUAAACACUUGUACACCUACCUUAAACAAACCGACAGUGAAUAACAAAAGGGUAUUCCAAGAACCUUAGGUAUAGUAACUUGCACUUUGACAUACAGAUAACCGGACAGUAUAAAUAAACAAAGAUACAAUUUUGUUUAUAUUAUUAUUGCUGUUUUUUAUAACAAAACAGUCAUAACAAAGUGACAGUACUGGAUACAAGUGUUUUAAAGAUGUUUCGAUUAUUAAUGUUAUUUGUUUUGGUUAUUGCUACAGUAAAUGCAGACCUUUUAAGCACUAGAGACAACAAAGGAGCGACACUAAAACCAUUAUCAGUAUGCUGUGAUAUUCCGGAGUUGGGUGAAGCGAAACAUUUGUCGUCGUGUUCUAACCCUAAACUGCCAGGCCCGUGCAAUGAUGUCCAGUGUGUAUUCGAGAAGUCCGGCUUUCUGACAGACAAGGACACUUUAAAUAAAGAUGCUUAUAGAAAUCAUUUAAGACGAUGGGCUGAGGAACACGGCGAUUGGUCGGUAGCCGUAGACAAAGCCAUCCACGACUGUAUUGAUAAGGAACCGCGGCAGCAUCUCGACUUCCCUUGUAAAGCAUAUGAUGUUUUUACUUGUACUGGCAUCGCUAUGCUCAAGAAAUGUCCUGAAACUGCGUGGAAAUGUUGAAAUGACUACAAUAGCAUAUUUGCCAUCGAUAUCAUAAUCCUAAGAAAAGGAGGAAUUUAAAAUUUCAACAAGUAAAUAAACUUAGCCGUCGCAUCUGGCAUAAUCAGAGGGCUAAAAUAAAAUGAUAUUCAAUCACUCAUAAUAAUACCUACCAAUAAUUCUUAUUUAAAUAAUAAUAAUUAUAAAUGUCUUUAUUAUAUUUUAUUGUCCCUUCAAUGCUAACAGAUUCAGGACAAAACAAGUCACAACUAAGUUUAAAAUGUGAUUGUUGUAAUUAUUUAUUAUUGCAGUGUGUGCGAUUGUACUCACGCAACACGACCUGUCAAUACGUCAAUUAAGCCUAACAUCAUGCAAGCAUGUGCGUCCAUAAUUAAGUACCUGAUGACCAGUGGCACUGUCAACAGAUAGCUAUUAAUUUUACUGUUGUCUUCCUUAUGAGCAUAUACUCAAUAUGCUACUGUUUUUUUUAAGAUAGCUAUAUCACUUACCCAUCUUUUUAUCCCUUUUAUUCCAUAAAUACUUAUCUUAGUCUAAAACGAUUUACUUCUAGAUAUAAGCAUUAUCAAAUUGAGUACUGUUUCUCUUUUUCAAAGUUAAAAUUCAGUACAAAUAUCUUUUUUGGCUCGUAUUUGCUCAAAGGACAGUUUGGUUGCCUUUGUCAAUGCCACGGAAGAUCUUUUUGCUUGCACUGCAAUACUAUUCAGGUCAUAUUUCUAUCUUAAAACCUAAAAAUAAAUGCUAUUUUCAUCCAUUUUACCCAUAAAUUUCACUGGAGACAAUAAUACAUCGAUAACGUAACAAUACAGUUCAGGACCAACAACAUGUCCUUGAGGGACACCGAUUACGUUAUCUUUAUUGCUACAACAACAUACAUAUAUACGCAUAUAUCACAUUAUCCGUUGGUUCAUUGUACCGGUGUGAUUGUAUGCCACCGUUUUCAACCCUCAAGGUCUCGAGAACACUUGACACUGAUUCAGUCAGCGUGAUGAUAGGCCUCCUUGAGGACAUCCGACACACUUCCAAAGCUAUUGUUGUUAUUAUGCCUAAUUUACUGGUAAUUAAUUGUCAAUUUUGUAAGUACAAAUUGGUUUUCGACGGUCCCAGUAAUUUGUAAAGUAAACAUUGUAAUAUGACAACUAUUAUUUUUUGACUUACGUUAUUUAUAGAUAGGGUGAUCUAUUUCAACCUCAUUGUUACAUUUGCAUUAAAAAUGGUGUGGUAUGUAAUACGAACCAUUCUAAUAAAAUAAGUAACAUUGACACUGAUUAUCUUUAUUUAUUUUUUUGCCAGUAAUGCAAGAAUGAAAGAAUCCUGUAGCUUAGAUAACGAUCGAUUAAAAUUUUCCAAUGCAGAAAUUCAAUAAUGUAAUAAUCCACAUAUCAUUUAUUUAUACACAACAAAAGAAGUGAUAAGCAAAACAUUAACUCAUUAACUGUUACUAAGUUACGGCAAAUUGAGGUAAUUACCUGCACAAUCCUGUGAUGAAGCGAUUGAAGAUGCUGCGAGAUAAAAGUUCUGUAAUAGCACAGACGUAACCAGACUUGAUAAUUUAAAAAGAUAAAUAAGUUACUGUAGCAAUAAAAAGUUAAUUAGUAUGAGAGCUAAUUAUUAUGCUGCUGUUUUAAAUAAAACUAGAAUGAAAUCGUCUUCUUUGACAUACGAGUACACCAAACAAAUCAAACAAAAGUA